AUGGGGCGCAGCGCAAAAUUCCAUAAGAAGCCGCCAAAGAAAGCCACCAACGGCAGCACGAGCACCACCACAGUCUCUCAUACGCCGUCAAAACCUGCUGCGUCGGUGUCCACACCCCAGGAGCAGAGGAAACGGGUCGGUCUCAAGGCGAAGGCCGGGAAGCGGCGCAAGGACGCGGAAGGGCCUGUCCUCGGCGGCGCAGACUAUAUCGGUGUGAUGUUCGGAGGAAGGAGAAAGGCGAUAGUGGAGACGGCUAAGCUUCCUCAGGACGAGUAG